AUGUCGCUUGGAUCAGAACCCACUAUCGUCCCUUCCUCGGCCGCGCCGAAUGGCAGCUUGAACGGUACUUCUACGCCUGUGCCCCAGCGGGCUGCGGCGGGGGGUGCGGGCGGCGCUGGGACGUUUGGCGUCAAGACGGGUCUUGCGCAGAUGCUGAAGGGAGGUGUGAUCAUGGACGUUAUGAACGUCGAGCAGGCCAAGAUCGCCGAAGAGGCCGGAGCUUGUGCCGUCAUGGCUCUUGAGCGUAUUCCCGCCAACAUCCGUCGUGAUGGCGGUGUCGCCCGGAUGUCCGACCCCGGUAUGAUCAAGGAGAUCAUGGCUGCUGUCUCCAUCCCCGUCAUGGCCAAAGUCCGUAUUGGACACUUUGUCGAGGCGCAGAUCCUCCAGGCUGUCGGUGUGGACUACAUCGACGAAUCCGAGGUCCUCACUAUGGCCGACGACAAGCACCACAUUGGCAAGCACGUCUUCAAGGUGCCCUUCGUCUGUGGAUGCAAGAACCUCGGCGAGGCUCUCCGACGUAUCUCUGAGGGUGCUGCUAUGAUCCGCACCAAGGGUGAGGCCGGAACCGGUGAUGUCGUCGAGGCCGUCAAGCACCAGCGCGCCGUCAUGGCCGACAUUCGCAAGGCUGCCGCCAUGUCGGAUGAUGAGCUCUACGCAUUCGCCAAGGACCUCGCUGUGCCUUACCACCUCUUGAAGGAGACUGCCCGUCUCAAGCGAUUGCCCGUUGUCAGCUUCGCCGCUGGAGGUGUCGCCACCCCCGCUGAUGCCGCCCUGAUGAUGCACCUCGGAUGCGACGGUGUCUUUGUCGGAUCCGGUAUCUUCCUCUCCGGCGACCCGGCCAAGCGCGCCCGCGCCAUCGUCCAGGCCGUCACCCACUACAACAACCCCGCGAUGCUCGCCGAGUGCUCGACCGGUAUCGGAGAGGCCAUGGUCGGUAUCAGCGUGGCUGCGGAGGGUGAGCGGAUGCUCGGCGGCAAGAUGUCCAACCGAGGUAUCUAG